UCCAUUGUCUCUAGUAGAGGCACUGCCGUAGACGACAGGCAUAGUAACAAUAUGGCGUCGACGAGCCGUAGCGAUUCCUCUCUACCUAAGGUGCAAUGCCCAAAUCACCCGGAUGCACUGCUGGUGGAGGACUACAGAGCAGGAGACAUGAUCUGUCCCGAGUGUGGCCUUGUAGUAGGUGACCGUGUAAUUGAUGUAGGGUCAGAGUGGAGAACAUUCUCCAAUGAGAAGGCAACUAAAGACCCUUCUCGUGUUGGUGAUGCUCAGAACCCUCUCCUCAACGGAGGAGACCUCACCACCAUGAUCAGCAAGGGAACAGGUGCAGCGAGUUUUGAUGAGUUUGGAAACUCCAAAUACCAGAAUCGUAGAACCAUGAGCAGCUCUGAUCGAGCCAUGCUGAAUGCCUUUAAGGAAAUCACCACCAUGGCUGACAGGAUCAACCUUCCCAGAAACAUCAUAGACCGAACAAACAACUUGUUUAAACAAGUAUACGAACAGAAGAGUCUGAAGGGCAGAAGUAAUGAUGCAAUAGCAUCCGCUUGCCUCUACAUAGCAUGCAGACAGGAAGGUGUCCCUAGAACAUUUAAAGAAAUCUGCGCUGUCUCUCGGAUCUCCAAGAAAGAGAUUGGUCGUUGUUUCAAGCUGAUCCUGAAGGCUCUAGAGACAAGUGUGGACCUCAUUACAACCGGAGACUUCAUGUCACGGUUCUGCUCCAACUUGGGUUUGCCCAAACAGGUGCAGAUGGCGGCCACCUACAUCGCCAGGAAGGCAGUGGAACUAGACUUGGUUCCAGGGCGCAGUCCCAUCUCUGUGGCAGCCGCGGCUAUUUAUAUGGCAUCUCAAGCAUCCGCUGAGAAGAAGACACAGAAGGAAAUUGGGGACAUCGCCGGAGUGGCAGACGUAACCAUUCGUCAGUCAUACAGACUCAUUUACCCCCGUGCUGCCGAUCUCUUUCCUCCCGACUUCAAAUUCGACACACCGGUGGAUAAACUGCCUCAGCUGUGAACGCAUGUGUGCUCACUUCUUUUUGUACUUGUAGAAUUUUUGCCCUUCUCUCUUUAAAAUGUUUUCCCUGUGAAGAGACGAGCCUUUUGAAAAGAUGACGGCAGGGAUUCGACAGAGUACUGAGACACAUUCCAAGGUUUAACACAGACUGCAGCCUGUACUUUCAUUUGUGUAUAUAAACUGUACAUAUGUCUAAGUGAGAAUUUGUUUGGUGGUUGCAUCUAGGCAUAUUUCUUACUGUAAACAUUUUCUUUUGUAGGAAAUUAUUUUGUUAGCUUUUUGCCUUCUAUUUAGUAAUUUAAAUAAAUGCUUUUCAGGAAAGCAUGUUGAAAAUCCCAAGAACGUUUAGAAAUACCUUGAACUUUGAAUAAGCAUGAAGUGAGUUGCUCAAUGAAUGGUUUUAUUAUUUCUCCUCUUUAAUUUUGUGAGGGUACAUGGUAUAAAGCAGAGGUUUCUGUUUGUGAUUCUGUUCCUGUACUCGGCUCAAUUAUAAACGUCACAAUCUUUUGAAGAGACAAUAAAUAAUUUACAACACAA